UGAGAGAGAGAGAGAGAGAGAGAGAGAGAGAGAGAGGCGCCAUGGAUAACCCCGAGAUGCAGCGAUUCCUCCAGCAAGAGCAGCAGAAGGCGCUGAUGGGCGAGAUGGUUGGCAAGCUGACAAGCGUGUGCUGGGACAAAUGCAUCACCGGCACCCCAGGAAGCAAGUUCAGCUCCGGGGAAUCAACCUGCCUGACCAACUGUGCCCAGAGAUUUCUCGACAUGAGCGUGCUGAUUGCCAAACGGUUUGAGAUGCAGUGAGGCGUCGGCGCGCAACACCAUUGCUUAGUCAAAUGCCAUAAGUUUCUUCUCUGAGCUUUGUACGAACCCUUUGAACGAUGCUGGGUUUUUUAAUUGUUACAACAGAGAAAGUCUGAUGUGCUUCCAAUAUCUGUUGCCUCGAUGGGAAAUGUAUUAGAGUGUGAUUGAUCCGUUUGAAACUCAACACUCCCUGCCCUGAGUUUAACUGAACAUUGUGCUCCUGCGCCCCUAGUUCUGAGCGACUGUUAUAUGCUUA